ACCCGAGGCAUCAAGAUACCACCCAACGAUUUCUAAAUCUUCACCUGGUCCUGCCCAAGCACAGGACCUCAAAAUUUUCCAGUAAUAGGCAUCGGAAGCUACAGCCAUUCAGAGAAACGUGACUGGCGUCAGCGGGUAGCGGCGCGGCACGCCUUACCGCUAACAAGAACUACAAUCCUGAGAAGAGGAAGAACCACCCUGACUCGACACGCUGCUGUUACGAGCUACCACGAGCAGGUAGCAACCAUCGCUUGCUACUGGCCGCCGCCAGCUACCAAACUGCCGCUGGCUGGAAACGUGCGACAGAGGGAAUUUAGAAGAACCAGGACGAAGACGUUACCCACCUGAGAAAGAGAAGAAAGAAAGAUUGAAUAGAGCGGAUUUGACGUCACUUCACGAGCUGCUUAAGAGGCGAUUUUUUCGUUUCGAUUCAUUAAUACUUUCACAACGACGUCUCAUCAGAGAUCAUUGUCGAUCGGAGAAAUAAAGUUCGUUAAGAGCAAGAGAAGGCGAAAACAUCGGUCACCAUGGGGAGCGUAAACGUCAAUCGCAAUGUUAGCGAUGCUUUUUACCGUUAUAAGAUGCCGCGGAUCCAGGCAAAAGUAGAAGGCAAAGGAAAUGGUAUUAAGACAGUGAUCGUCAACAUGGUGGAUGUCGCGAAGGCGAUCGGUCGUCCGGCUACAUAUCCGACUAAGUAUUUCGGUUGUGAGUUGGGCGCUCAGACACAGUUCGACUUCAAGAACGAACGCUUCAUCGUCAACGGCUCACACGAUGCGACAAAGUUACAAGAUCUGCUGGAUGGUUUCAUUCGAAAAUAUGUUCUUUGCCCGGCCUGCGAUAAUCCGGAAACCGAAUUAAUGGUCAGUUCAAAGAAGGGCACGAUUUCACAGGGUUGCAAGGCGUGUGGACAUCAUGGCCUUCUUGAGAGCAAUCACAAGUUGAACACGUAUAUCUUGAAAAAUCCGCCGAGCUUGAAUCCAGCAGUACAGGGCAGUUCUUUGACAGAGGGUAAACGCGGCAAACGUUCGAAACGCGCUAAUGGUGACGCUGCGGCUACAGCCCCCGCCACUACUGCCACCACUAACGGCAACGAUCGAUCUGGUUCGCCAGAAAAUGACGUCAACAAUUCUGGAGACAUCGUGGUGGAACUACCGCCAGAAAGAACGAUCAAUGACGAGGGAGAUGACGAUAAAUGGGCGGUAGAUGUAUCUGAGGAAGCAGUUAGAGCUCGUCUCCAAGACCUAACAGAUGGUGCUAAAGGUAUGACCAUCAGUGAUGACCUUGAUAAGAGCGAAAAAGAGCGCAUGGACAUGUUCUACAAACUGGUCAAAUGCCGUCGCGAUGCUGGCCAACUUGACAACAAUCACAAGGAGCUCGUAGCCGAGGCGGAGCGUCUCGAGAUUAAGACCAAGGCACCAUUGAUCCUUGCCGAGCUGUUGUUCGAUCAGGGAAUUGCCGCACAGGCGAAGAAAUACCGGGUGCUACUGCUGCGCUUCACUCACGAUGACAUUAAGGCACAGAAAUAUUUGAUCAGAGGAAUCGAGCAAGUGAUCGCGCUGCAUAAGGAUGCACUGAUGCCGAAGGUUCCCGGAAUCCUCAAGUUAUUUUAUGACGCUGAUAUCCUAGAAGAGAAGGCAUUUGAUGAAUGGUCAAACAAAGUCAGCAAGAAAUAUGUCUCAAAAGAUCUGUCGCAGGAAAUUCAUGACCGAGCUGCACCAUUUUUAACAUGGUUGAAAGUUGCAGAGGAAGAGGAGUCUGAAUCCGAGGAAGAAGACGACGAUGUGGAGAUCGAAUACGAUGAUAGAGCCAAGCAGGAAUCUCUGAAACAGCAGCCGCCGGCUACACCGAAACCUGCCGCCGCUACGACCGUCGCUGCCGCCAACAAUGAUUCCGAGGAUGAUUUCGAUAUUGAUGCCAUUUAAAGCAUACGCAUACACCGUAUUACACGUAUCAUACACCCAACAUAUAUAUAUAUACACACACAAACGCAACGGAUGACAAGAAACACUGGUCCGAGCCGUAAUAUCUGAGAUGAAUAAUCAUUUUCCUCUUGAACAGAAUUGUGCAAAUGCAAUCUCAAGUUAUACGCAAAUAGAUAUAGGAUUUUCGUUGUUUUAGGCUGACAAGAGCGACACAAUUAAACAAUGCUGUUUACAUGAAUGAAAAAAAAGAAAAA